AUGAACAGGCAGGCUGUGAACAGUCCUGAAACAGUUCCUCCUGGACCAAAUGAAGGUGCAGGAGUCACAAGAAUCAGCCCCGAAAACGAGCAGCAGAACGCCCCACUGCAACCCCCUGCCGCCAUGGCUAGGCUCCCACGAUCGCUCUCCAACGACUACAAAACGCUUCUCUCCGAAGAAACCAAACAAAAUGAUUUGGAGAGGACGAAAGUCGGAAUCUGCAAGCUCAGCAGCACCCCGGUGCAAGCCAACUCCACGCUCCAGAGGGAAUCUGCUGAGACCUUUCCGUACAAGCAGGUGGCCGGGGCAGCGGCUGCCGGGCAAGCUGUGAUCCCUCACUGCAAAAUCGCCGCUUUGCAAAGCACGGACGGGGACGGUAACCCAGCUCUGGGUAAGAGCACGCUGGAGCAAAACAAUGCCAAAAGCACCUGGGUGACCUUGAGCCAGAGCACCGUGGUACUGGGUACAGAUGGCAACACCUCUGUUCUUCCUGGCAGAGUGGAGGGGGAAGACGAUAUAGGGGAUGAAAACAAAGCCCGAGGGAACUGGUCCAGCAAGCUGGAUUUCAUCCUCUCCAUGGUGGGUUAUGCAGUGGGGCUGGGCAAUGUCUGGAGGUUCCCGUACCUGGCCUUUAAGAAUGGGGGAGGUGCCUUCCUCAUCCCCUACCUGAUGAUGCUGGCUCUUGCCGGCAUCCCCAUCUUCUUUCUGGAGGUCUCCCUGGGGCAGUUCGCUAGCCAGGGCCCCGUCUCGGUGUGGAAAGCUAUCCCCGCCCUGCAAGGCUGCGGCAUCGCGAUGUUGAUCAUCUCCGUUCUGAUAGCCAUAUAUUACAACAUUAUCCUGUGCUACACUCUUUUCUACCUUUUUGCCUCCUUUGUACCCGUUCUCCCUUGGGCGUCCUGUAACAACCCCUGGAACACGCCGGACUGUAAAGACAAAAACAAGCUUUUACUGGAUUCAUGCAUCAUUGGUGACCAUCCAAAAAUACAAAUCAAGAACUCUACUUUCUGUAUGAGUGCCUAUCCAAACUUGACUAUGGUUAACUUUACCAGUGAAGGAAAUAAGACAUUUGUCAGUGGAAGUGAAGAAUACUUCAAGUACUUUGUAUUGAAGAUUUCAGCAGGGAUUGAAUACCCUGGUGAGAUUAGGUGGCCACUGGCGCUGUCUCUUUUUCUCGCCUGGGUGAUCGUGUAUGCCUCCCUUGCUAAAGGAAUCAAGUCAUCAGGAAAAGUCGUGUACUUCACAGCAACGUUCCCUUACGUGGUUCUCAUCAUCCUACUUAUCCGAGGUGUGACACUACCUGGGGCUGGAGCUGGGAUCUGGUACUUCAUCACGCCCAAGUGGGAGAAGCUCAUUGAUGCUAUGGUUUGGAAGGAUGCUGCCACUCAGAUUUUCUUCUCCUUAUCUGCAGCGUGGGGAGGUCUAAUUACUCUCUCUUCUUACAACAAAUUCCAUAAUAACUGCUACAGGGACACACUGAUAGUCACGUGUACCAACAGUGCAACAAGUAUAUUUGCCGGCUUUGUCAUCUUCUCAGUUAUUGGCUUCAUGGCAAACGAGCUCAAAGUGAAUAUUGAAGCUGUGGCAGACCAAGGUCCUGGGAUUGCUUUUGUUGUUUACCCGGAAGCUUUAACUAGGCUUCCCCUUUCUCCAUUCUGGGCUAUCAUAUUCUUUUUGAUGCUUCUGACACUUGGAUUGGACACUAUGUUUGCCACUAUCGAGACUAUAGUGACCUCUGUUUCAGAUGAAUUCCCCAAAUACUUACGUACACACAAGGCACUGUUCACUCUUGGGUGCUGCAUUUCCUUUUUCAUCAUGGGAUUUCCUAUGAUCACUCAGGGUGGAAUGUAUAUGUUACAGCUUGUGGACACUUACGCAGCUUCUUACUCUCUUGUCAUCAUUGCCAUAUUUGAGCUUGUUGGAGUUUCCUACAUUUAUGGAUUGCAAAGGUUUUGUGAAGAUAUAGAAAUGAUGAUUGGAUUCCAGCCAAGUAAAUUCUGGCGAGUCUGUUGGGCCUUUGUGACUCCAACUAUCUUAACAUUCAUUCUUUGCUUCAGUUUUUACCAAUGGGAACCGAUGACUUAUGGAGCUUACCACUACCCCGGCUGGUCGAUGGUGCUUGGGUGGCUGAUGCUGGCCUGCUCAGUUAUUUGGAUCCCAGUGAUGUUUGUGAUAAAAAUGCAUCUAGCCCCAGGCAAAUUUAUUGAGCGACUCAAGCUGGUGUGCUCUCCACAGCCAGACUGGGGUCCAUUUUUGGCCAAGCACCGUGGUGAACGUUACAUGAAUAUGAUUGAUCCACUGGGAACAUCUUCCUUGGGACUUAAACUGCCAGUGAAGGACAUAGAACUGGGGACCCAAUGCUAA